UGAAAAUGUGUCACCAAGAAGAGUUAGACUCAAUUAACUGAUGAGCUAGCUCAUCAGCAAAUCUUGAAUGAGUAGCUUUUUGAGUUUCACUGUGUUAAAAUGCUUUGAAAGGAUGGGGUUUGGGAAAAGUUCCUUUAAGAUACACUGAAUGGUUUAUCACUCUGAGGAAUAUUCUGUUUUUAUUUCCUAACAAGGUAAACCACUUGAGCUUGCGUCAACAAAGUUAAGAGUGCCUACCUUUAAAUGUCAUGCUACCUUAAUUUCCUUUAUAUAGAAAUACUGGUUUGUCAAGCAUACUAUAGUUUGUAAUUUAUUUAUGUUUUUAAAAUUCUUAAUUGUCUUCAAAAAUGAGAAUAUACGUCUGUAGUCAGAGUAGCCUUUUGUAGUUUUGAAACGGGGAAGGGUUAAAGUUCAAAAUUAUCUUUAAAUGUCAGAAGGGCCAAGUCUGAAUUUUUGUAGAACCCAGUCUAUGUGUGAUUUAAAUAUUCUCUAUGGGUGUGACUUUUUAAAAAUUUCUGGUAGGAUUAAAGCGCUUGUAAACAAAAGAGUUUCCUCUGGGGGUUGCAUAUUCAGUUUUCUUUGUCAUGUAACGAUUUAAAGCUGAUCUCUGCUUAUUGAUAUGUAGUAUCCUGGGUUCGGAUUAAACUGGCAGUUGAAAUUUACGGAAGUUUUAAAGUUUAUUCACUACUAGGCAUCUUUUGACCUCUUACAUUAAGUACUAAAAAUAGAAUAGUUUUAUGCAGUGAAAUUUAAAACUUCAGUGGUUGUUUGCAUUUAGUAAAAAGUGACUAGUACUGUCCAUUAAAAGUAGGUGUCUAGUUUUGAAUAAAUGGGGGUAGCAAUGAAAAGGAAAAGAAGAGGAAUUGGCAGAAAAUUCUGCCAUGCAUUUUAUCUUUAGACUACUAACUGGGUUACAAGUGUAAUUUUCUUGGCUUGUAUCAGUGGAAAAAAAUCUUCCUUUUUAUUUCAAAACCUUCAGCGGAAGAGGGAGGAAGAACAGCGUUUCAAAGGUACAUUAGUUGGAUUGUUUUUCCUAGUUAGCAAUGACCUCACGGAGAAGGUUGUCAGACACAUCCCGUCUGCUUAUGACACCUUUCCUGUUUCACACGUGGCAAGCUAUUCGCUUUAGGUGCAGCUGUGUCUCACUUGCUGGAUUAGACACUUCUGAGCACCAUUGAAAAGGAAUGUGAGAUGUUGAAUCCUAUAGGAAAAUGGGUGUUGUUGCCGCGUCUGGCAGUGAGACCGAGGAUGAUGACAGCAUGGACAGCCCCCUGGACCUCUCCUCUUCUGCUGGCUCAGGCAAGAGAAGGCGGAGGGGCAACCUGCCCAAGGAAUCCGUUCAGAUUCUCCGCGAUUGGCUGUAUGAACACCGAUACAAUGCCUACCCCUCAGAGCAAGAAAAAGCAUUACUGUCCCAACAAACACACCUCUCUACACUACAGGUCUGUAACUGGUUUAUCAACGCCCGGCGCAGGCUCCUCCCCGACAUGCUGAGAAAGGAUGGCAAAGAUCCAAAUCAGUUCACAAUUUCCCGCCGAGGGGCCAAGAUAUCUGAAGCCAGCUCUGUGGAGUCAGCAACAGGCAUCAAAAACUUCAUGCCGGCUCUAGAGGAGAGCCCUUUUCACUCCUGUACAGCUGGACCCAACCCAGCCCUAGGGAGGCCACUGUCUCCUAAGCCGUCAUCCCCAGGAUCCAUUUUGGCUCGUCCCUCGGUUAUCUGUCAUACCACUGUGACUGCCUUGAAAGAUGUGCCUUUCUCUCUCUGCCAGUCAGUUGGUGUGGGACAAAACGCAGAUAUACAGCAGAUGGCAGCCAGCAGCUUCACAGACACCUCCCUCAUGUACCCAGAGGACACGUGUAAAUCUGGACCAAGUGCACACACACAGAGUGGUCUUUUCAACACUCCUCCCCCUACUCCACCGGACCUCAACCAAGAUUUUAGUGGAUUUCAGCUUCUGGUAGAUGUUGCACUCAAACGGGCUGCAGAAAUGGAGCUUCAGGCAAAACUUAUGGCUUAACCCCUUUUUUCAAGCAAAACAGUUCUCAGAAAUGUUAUGAUUGCUGGGAUGAUGGCAAGAGGUGAAUUGCAUUAUUUUAUAUAUUUUUUUAUUAAUAUUUGCACAUGGGAUUGCUAAAAUGAAGCUUCCUGUUACUGAGAUGUUGUCAGUGGAAUACAGUCAUUCCAAGAACUAUAAACUCAAAGCUACUGUAGAAACAAAGGGUUUUCUUUUUUAAAUGUUUCUUGGUAGAUUAUUCAUAAUGUGAGGUGGUUCCCAAGAUUAUGUGAUUUUUUUUUUUCCCUCCCCUUUUUUUUGUUGGUGUCUUUUUCAGACUGUGCAAUACUUAGAGAACCUAUAGCAUCUUCUCAUUCCCAUGUGGAACAGGAUGCCCACAUACUGUCUAAUUAAUAAAUUUUCAAUUUUUUUUCAAACGA